AUGGAUAAAUACUUGCGUCCUGAAAGUUUCGACAUCGAACCAUCGGAUAACUCCGCUACUCGUGCUUGCGAGCAUUGGCGAAAAAGAUUCGAAAGUUUCAUCGCUGCUCAGGAGCCGGCCGAAAUGGACGGGGUAACUCAAGCAUCUUGGGACGAGACAAAGCAUCGACUCCUGAUAAACCAAGUCUCUCCGAGCGUAUACGUUUACUUCAGUGAAGCACGAAGCUUCAGGGAAGCAGUUGAUUUGAUGGAUAAACUCUACGUUAAGCCCAAAAACGUGCUAUUUGCAAGACAUGCACUCGCUACGAGAAGGCAACGCUCUGACGAGAAUAUUGAAACUUACCUGCAGGCAUUAAAGCAAUUGUCGAAAUACUGCGAGUUCGCAGCCGUUGAUGCUGAUACAAAUAGAAGCGACUGCGUACGAGACGCAUUUAUAUCAGGAAUUUCCUCAAACUCAACAAGGCAAAGACUCCUUGAAAACUUAACGCUGACCCUCGAUCAAGCUUACAACCAAGCUCUAUCUUUGGAAACAGCUGAAGUCAACUCCUUAAGUUUCAACUCCAUAGCCGUGAACGCGGUCACAGACGAACAAACUACGACCAACCACCAAGCUCAACAAAACGUACUCAACGGGGAUCAUGUUGCUGCUGCCUCCUUCAAUCGGCGAAAAUGUUUUUUUUGUGGUGGUCAACUACACCUUCGCAAAAAUUGUCCGGCUCGUGAAGAAACAUGUCAACUGUGUAACAAAAAGGGACACCUCGCCACUGUUUGUAAAAGCGCCAAGUCUCUUGUCCCUCAGGUCGCAAGCAGGCGAAAUUCAACAGUGUGUAUCACAGCUGCUUCGCCUCACCCUUUACACAAAGCAACCGUUCCGGCCAUUAUAUGCGGGUUUAGAGCUGAAGCCCUUUUAGACACCGGUAGCUCGGUAAGUUUUAUUAACGAAAAAUUCGCCAACAAGUGCGGAUUCAAAAAAGACUUCUGCAACGCCACAUUCUCCAUGGCCUCGUUGAGUCACACCUCUAAAGUCGAAAGCCAAACUUCACAGUCCAUUACCUUGGGAGAUCAUAAGUACGAUAAUGUGAAUCUUCUUAUAGUCAAAAAUCUUUGCUCCGAUUUAAUUAUCGGUCACGAUGUACUUCAAGAGCAUUCAUCAUUAGAAUUUUCAUUUGGCGGUCCUAAAAACAAUCUGCAUGUGUGUAACGUAGCAGAGGCAUCGGUACCGCCUGUGUCACUUUUCCCCAUUAUCUCUCCGGAUUGCAAACCUGUCGCUAUUACAUCACGUAGAUAUAACGACGAGGAUAGCAAGUUUAUCAAGGCUGAAAUCGAGAAAUUAUAA